CCCGUCCAAGGCGAAGGCACGUUAACGUCUCAUCGGGCUCUAGCCGCAACAGCUCAUGGCUUCGUAUCACCGUAGAUACGCACGUCGUGGCUGCUACACUGCAAAUGGACAUGGCGAUACUGAAUUUCACGUGCACCAACUUGGCGAAAACGGGCCGUUGCUGAGCUCACUUUUCCUUUUGCUUCGCUCCACACACUGUACCACAUCCACACCAUCGAUACUAGCGUUGCAGUUGCCAACAUGUUGCAUUCCAGUCCGAAACCUCAUCGCAGUGGCGAGGUGCAUCCACUGCUCGAAACCAAUUCCGCUCCACUCUCUCAGUCGCAAUCCUCGAGCACCAACCGCAUCAGUCGAUGGAGCGUGCUGGCAAUCGUCUCGACGCUAUUGUUCGCCGCUGCGGUCUUCGGCAUCUUCAAACCCAGCGUAUCAACAUUGCGAAGCGCGACGACAGUUGCUCCCGAUGCCAAAUUCGACCUGUUCACACCCAUUUUCAACUCCGAGGCCCCACCCCAAAGUCUCUUCAACCACACCGAUGCACACAAGAACCUGUUACCACCCAAGUUCCUGGCCCCCGGUCUCAUAGGUUCACGUCCCAUCCCGACUAAUGACUGGUGGGGUAACAUGAUCGGAGCCACUGUCGGGGAGGAAGAAGUAGUCCACCCGGUGUGGACGAAUCCGUACAGUGUGACGCCUUCCAUCUUCAUGGAACCCUACGGUCUUACCAUGAACUACCCGUACACAACCCGUUUGUUCGGAGGCGGCUUAACUGGCAACGGCGACGCUGAGAUGUACUACCUGCACGGCCAAAUCCCCGAAUUCACCUUCUCCGCUACCGAAUUCUCCAACUCGUCCCACCCGAUCUUCGAGGUGUUCGACUGGGAUGAUCUCACUGUACAGCUCCGCUUCUUGUCUCGCGAAGACUCGUCCAAGAAAUUUGAGGCGACGCUCGCUAGUGGCAUGGCGUUCGUCACUGCUCACUACUCCGGUCUCACUCCACGCUUCCAGACUUAUUACAACAUUUCGUCGAUCAAUGGUCUGGACGCCACGGAGACUGUCGACCUCCCUUUGACCAACGACCGCUACGUGCUGCAGUUCAAUAACGGAGCCACCUGGACGUUGUACUUCUCGAACGAAGUCACGCUGCGCUUUGAUGGUCACUCUACGCUCGAUAUGGAGAAGCCAUUCACUGGCAUUGCUCGUGUUGCAUUGAUCCCGGACGCAUCUGCACAAGAGCAGAUCAUCUUUGACCAAACAGCGAGCUGUGUCCUCAAUGGUGGGCGAGUUGAAGCCCACAACGAAGAUGCCUACGCCUACAAGUGGCAGACCAGCGGUGACUGCACCAACGGAAUGCUGCAUUAUGCCCAGGUGCACCACGUUGAUACUCUGGAUCGUAGAUACGCUAUCGAAGCUGAAGGAGUGGCUGCUCACUCUACGACGCGUGGACUGAUGCAGGGAAUUGUGACCAAGACUUCGCCACCUGAGUGGCGCAUGAUGGAAACGGUGGACUUCCCUGUGGACUUCUACCCGCCAAGAAAGCCUGACGCUAGCGUGGUCAAAGCCUACGAGAUGAAGAAGAAUUUGAUCGCUGAUAUCGACUCCGAGUGGUCUAUCGCGCUGGGUCAGAGCUACUACUUCAACGGCAAGGCUGCACAGAAGUACGCUUCGCUCUGUCUGAUGGCAGGAGAUUCGUCCAUUGUUGGUGACGAUACCGAGCUGCUUUCUCACUGCAUUACGAAGCUGGAAGGUUUGCUGACGCCAUUCCUCAACAACACGUGGACCAACCCACUCGACUAUGAUACAAUUUACCGAGGUAUUGUGAGCUCGCAGGGCUUUAAACUGAACGAUCCCAACGUCGACUUCGGCAACACCAUGUACAAUGACCACCACUACCACUACGGCUACUGGGUGGUCACUGCUGCUAUCGUCAACAAGCUGGACCCCACUUGGUCGGGUAUUCCUGCGAUGAACCGCAUGGCUGGUUUCAUGAUUCGUGACGUCGCGAACCCGUCGGACGCAGACCCGUACUUCCCCAAGUUCCGUAGUCUCGACUGGUACCGUGGUCAUUCGUACUCACACGGAAUCACGGCACUUGGAGACGGCAAGGAUGAGGAGAGCACGUCUGAAGAUAUGAACUUCUACUAUGGUAUGACGCUGCUGGGUAAGGUCACUGGAGACAAACACCUCGAAACUGUGGGCAAACUUAUGGUCAAGCUCAACGCCCGUGCCAUUCAGACGUAUUUCCUGCUGGAAGACGGUAACCGUGCCCACCCGGACCGCUACCGUGACAACAAGGUCAUGGGUAUUCUCUUCGACAACAAGGUCAACUACGCUACCUGGUUCAGCGGCGAGAAGCACGCGAUUCACGGCAUCCAGAUGCUCCCGGCCACGGCUGUGACUGAAUUCGUACGCACUCUCAACUUCGUCGAGCAGGAAUGGGACCAGAUCUUGGCUCGUGAGGACAUCGUCCUAAACGACAACCAGACCAACCCGUGGCUCUCGCUUCUCUACAUGAACUACGCCACCGUCAACAAAGACUUUGCGCUUGAAAAGCUCCGCACUGUCACAAUGGAUGACGGACUAUCUCGCUCCUGGGCGAUGUACAUUGCAGCCACCCGGCCGUAGAUUCAAUCGACCGACGUACCAUGAUAUGAGGGCGAUGUCGAUGAAUGGAAGACAUUGCCUUGUAGAGUACAAGUCCAACGAACAGUAAAUAGAAAAAUAUUCAUGAACUCAGCAGUCUUACCGAUAGUGUAUCUGAUAUUGAGAGCGC